AGAAAACAGAAACGGUGGAACUCUUUUUCCUUUUUAAUUUUUGUUUUCCAAGAACCCUCGCAACUGUUCUUCCUUUGUAUUUGUCUUUUUCUCGCCCUUUUCGCUUCCAUAUCUUUCUCUCUUCACUUCAAGGCAUAGUGCCUGGUGGUGCAUUGUUCGUAGCUUUUUGCUUUCCGUCUAGUAAGACACGAAGAUCUGUGGAAGCGUUAGUCAUAAGAAUGCUGUUGCCCAUUCUAUUAGGAUUUCAUGGUGUGUCAGAUUGGGAAGCAUUGAUGAAGAGUUUGUAUCCACCUAACAAAGUUAACCGUUUGAAUAGGACAAAGCCAUCGUUUUCUUCAUUGUCUCCUUCUUUCUGAAUUUGGAGGUGCAAACAUCUGAAAUUGAACAAGUUUUUCAACAACCAAUUCGUGGAAUCAUCAUCAGAUGUCAGAAGGUGUUAUGGCUGUGGUAAAACCGGAGAUGAAGUCCUACAUUUGGCUGCAAACUACUGAUGGUUCAAUCCAGCAAGUGGAAGAGGAGGUUGCCAUGUUUUGCCCCAUGAUAUGCAGAGAAAUUCUUCAAACAGGCAUGGGUUCUUCCAAAAACUAUGCUAUAUCACUUCCACAACGGGUGAAUCCUGCUAUUUUGGGCUUAAUACUUGAUUAUUGUCGCUUUCAUCAAGUACCAGGUCGCUCUAAUAAGGAGCGCAAAACUUUUGAUGAGAAGUUUGUUAGAAUGGAUACAAAAAGAUUGUGUGAAUUGACAUCUGCAGCUGACAGCCUGCAAUUGAAGCCUUUAGUUGACCUAACAAGCCGUGCACUUGCUCGAAUAAUUGAAGGAAAAACUCCAGAGGAGAUACGGGAGACAUUCCAUUUGCCUGAUGACCUCACAGAGGAGGAAAAGUUGGAACCCCUCAGAAAUAUUACUGAUGACCCACGUAUUCGGCUUCUAAACCGAUUGUAUGCCAGAAAAAGGAAGGAAUUAAAAGAGAGAGAGAAACUGAAGAAUGUUGAAGUUGAGGAGGAGCGUGUGGAUGAACGCUCAGUAGAUGAUCUCUUGUCUUUUAUAAAUGGAGGAGAUCUAGACUCGAAGGGAGUUAGGACUACCAAGAAUAGAAAGAAAAAUAGGAGAAGAAAAGAGCAACUAAACACUGGGCAGGUGUCAGACUAUACAUCGAGUUACCUCUUAGCGAAGUCCUGUGUUUUGUCAAGUUGA